AUGUACACAAGAUAUCUAUUAAGAAAAAAGGAAAAAUAUUAUGCCAUUGGUUUUGUUGUCUUUGUAGCUCCAGUGAAGAUAACUGAUCAAGUAAGAGGUGACCAAGUAGUACCUAAAGGGGGAGACCUCCACUUGUUCUGUAAGGUAACUGGUAGGCCAGCACCAAAUAUUACCUGGACCAGAGUCCCUACUGGUGUUAGCACUGAAAUAAAGCACUAUGGACCCACUUGGGAUUUUACAAACAUUAAUGUCACUGAUUCUGGAACAUACAGCUGCGUAGCUGAUAAUAAAGUCGAGGAUCCUGUUAGAGGCCAAGCAGUUAAAGUGAUUGUUGUUGCUCAUGUCAGUAUUUCUGCUACUCAUGAUGAGUACAUUGUCGUAGUAGGAGAAAGCGUCACCCUUAACUGUAAAGCAAAAGGAAAUCCCCUGCCUUCCUAUACUUGGACUCCAUGCGGUCAAGAUCAAGUUUGUAACAAGAACACAUUUGUUAUUCCACAAGUCAGCAAAGAUGCCAACUAUACCUGCGAAGCAGCAAAUGAGUAUUCCAAUGAUUCAAAAAGUUACAGAGUUUUUAUUGGAGGAAGUUUGAUUAAUGUGACCCUAUUUAGUGAAAGUGAAAGUUGUGCGAAUGGAGGAUAUGACUUGGCCUCGUUACUGAAGAGACUUAGUGAAAUGAUGAACAAGGUUUUCACCGGGACACCCAGCUACGAAAGUGUACAGUUGAUAGAUGUCAGGUGUGGAAGUGUUAUUGUUGACCUGGCGCUGAAGUUCAACAUCCCGACAAAGGAACAAACUGUGAUUACAAUACUCCGUAAUGCAGCGGUAGUUGGACGCCUUGAAGACUUCAGUGUCAGACGUUUUAAUGAAAAUGCAGUGGGACCAACAACACCCAGCAGUUCCCUUGACGAAUCAUCAGAGCUGCAAAACGAGACAAAAGCAGUUACCAUAUGGAUCAUUUUUGGUGCAGUAUUUGGGUCCGUUGCUGCACUAGCUGCUGCUGGAAUAUUAGUGUGGUGGGCCUGCAGGAAAAGACUACUAAACAGGAAGGGCACUGAAGGGGUGGCGAUUAGAGGAAGGUGAGAUUGUUAUAUGCGUCGUUGCUGUUCACCUACGUUCUUCCUAUAUAGCUCGAUCGUUUGAAAAUUUUAACACUCUGUGUUUCACUCAUAAAGAUGAUAGAUCGUGUAGAGCACUCACAAGCGUCAACGCGUAAGGAAAUUUUCUCUUAUUUUUGAACGUUUGAGCAGAAGGAAUAGUUUUGUGUUGUAAAAUCGAAAUCGACGGAUUCCACCACCGCAUUAACGGACAAAACAUUGACAAACAGUUUAACAGAGAAGUUGAAGAAGAUGGUAAACUUCCUUUUCUAGACUGUCUUGGUAGCCGUGACAACAACUCACUACGGACGACAGUUCACAGGAAGCCGACACACUACGACAAAUUACUAGACGAUUCAUCCUACAACCCAACAUCACACAAAGCCACAACUAUCAGUACUCUAACACGACGUGCACAACUAAUAUGCCACACGACAGACAGCUUAUCCGACGAGAACAAAUAUCCUGACCGUGUUUUUUCGAAGGACAACUACAACGACGACUUUAUCCGACAAAACACUCACCGACCUACUGCUACCGAAACAAACGACACCGCAACUCCUACGACCACAGCGACCAUACCGUGCAUAAAGGGCAUCUCUGAGAACAUCUCGCGCAUCAUGCAACCCUUCAAUAUCCGCGUCGCCUACAAACCCAUCACUACACUCCUUCAGUUACUAAACAACGUUAAAGACAAGGACGAACCGAGGAACAGGCAGGGAGCGAUUUAUAAGAACAAUUGCUCCGACUGCCAAGCCUUCAAGAUUGGAGAGACUGGGAGAAACCUCGCAACAAGACUGACUGAUCACA